AUGGAGCGUACCAACGCGUGGCUCCUCGGCCACCAUCACGAGCAGAUGGUGGCCAUGAUGAAGGUCAAGGCCCGGGUCCUCGAGACCUACGAGAGGGCGGAGAACCGCAAGGUUCUCCACCUCGACUGGAUCGCUGGAAACCCAGCCGAUCCCGCCGUGGCGACCGCCGGCAGCAAUGCUGGCGGCGCGCAAGCUUCGAGCUCCGGCUCAAGUGGCCUGACCAACGUCGGGACCCCCACAGCGGAUGUGUACAUCCGCGCCAUACAGCACCUCGACUCGAAGGAAGCAUGGAACAAAUCCGCCCUCGCUGGCGACUGGCUGACCCAUGCAAAUGGGGAGCGCCAGUUCUACCUCGAGAUCCAAGUCAAACGGAUCUCUGGAGCCGACGAGGAGCUCCUACAGCUGUGCGGCAUCCAGGACGCCUACGCCUGGUUGGCCAUGCAUGACCCUGCCAAAGUCGUCGAGCAGAUCAAAGUGCCCGAGUCCACUCGACGCAUGUUCCCCGCCAUCAAGGAGGCUCAUGAGGACAAGCUCCAGCAACAGCGCGAGCAGGCCAUCGCCGCUGCAGCUUCCACCUCGCUUCAGUCGCCUGAGUCGUCCGCCGACAAGGGCAAGGGAAAGGCAGUCGCCGUUACUGAGGGCCAUGUCGACGCCUCUGCUGCUCCUCGCACAGCUCUCGACCUCAAUCGCGACGAGGUCCCAGUCGCCAGCACCGGCAUCAUUGGUGAGCAGAACUCGCCCUCGCCAAAGACCGAUAACGAGUCGACCGAGGAGUCGGAUGGAUCGCAGACCGACGUUGCCAGCGCCAGUUCUUCGUCCAACGCGAUCCGUCGUGCCAGCAGCGAGGGCCCGUACGAUGGCUUCAUCCAAACCCGCAUGUUCGACCUUGAGGAGAUGAUCGCGAAAAAGAUGGACGAGUUGCGCCACAUAUUCUCCUUCACCGAAGACCCGACUUUCAGGGCGAUCAAGGCCAAGUCCUUCAUUUACGCCGUGCGCGUCAUCGCCAUUCCGGGCGACAAGAACGUCGUCAAUCUCUUCCGGGGCCCGGCCAUCCCAGAGCGCAAGGGCACCCUCCUCGCACAAGGCGGCUGGGUUGUCCCGCCCAUGGAGGAGCGUCUCGCCUAUCGCAACCGUGGCCGGCACAACCGAAAAGCGGCCAAGAAGCAGUCCAAGAACCCUCCCAAGCUGUACAAGCCCGAGCGCUGGCUGGCCAACCGGAUGUGGCUCGACUGGACCAACGACUCGGAACCGCGCUACCACGGCCUGCCCAUGCCCCUCUGGAACGAGCCCGUCGACCCGUGCCUCGAGGACGUCUACUGGAUGGUGUGGCAGCUGCUCAGCGGCGUGCAGUACAUUGGCGUGCGCUCCGGUUACGGCUUCGGCAUCAAGCGCCACGACGACCGCGGCGACAAGGCCUUGCUUGACGCGUGCCCCUUCCGCAGCCCUUCGCUCGAGGCAAAGUAUUACCCCGCCGUCGCCGACGAGUCCAACGGCAGCAAGAGCUAA